CCCGCAGUCAGACAGCGACUACCAUGGGCUUUUGUCUGUCCAAGUGCCUGCCCGAUAGCGACAUGGCGGCCGAGCUCGAGGCCGAGCUGGACGAGACCAGUCACAGCUACGUGCAGCAGUCCACGGAGCAGUCCACCUUCGGCACCACGUCUUUAUUGGCGGCCGACGAAGUUGUCUGUCUCAAUGUGAUCGGCGAAGGUCCGUCGGGUGUCAUCUACAAGGGCUCGUACCGUGGCUCUGUAGUGGCCGUAAAGAAGAUGAAGAUGAUCUCGAUGCCGACCAAGCCGUCAGCCAGGGAGAACGUCGAGAUGGAACUCGAGGUAGAGGCCACACGCAUGGGUAGUCUUCGACACCCGAAUACAGUGCUCUUCAUGGGUGCCUGUCUGCAGGAAGACUACUUCUGCAUCGUCAGCGAAUACUGUACGCGCGGCUCGCUGUUCAACGUGUUGCACGCCCCCAAAGCCUCGGCUUCCAGUAGGAGUAGACACAAGCGUAAAGGCUCAGAGCCGCUCUCAAGGGCAGCGUCUGCAAGUACAGCCAGUGCACCAGGCGGGAUCAGUGACACUGCGGCCAAAAAGAAGGUGAAUCUCAAGUGGAGCUUACGGAUACGACUCGCCCUUGGAGCGGCCAGAGGACUUUUAUAUCUGCACAGCGCAGACCCACCUCUUGUCCACGGACAACUUAAAAGCAGCAACAUUUUGGUGGACGACUCAUGGAACGCCAAACUCGCGGAUUUUGGCACGCGACGUGUGGCCGAGGCCGUGGGUUUUGAUAGGAGUAGGAUGAACAGUAUCGACGAGCGCUCAGCGUUGCUGCGAUGGACAGCGCCCGAACUGCUCAAGUUAGGCGAAGAACGUGUCCACAAGGGAGCGUUCCCGAGCGACAGUUCAAGUCCGCAGGCCGUGGACAUCUUCAGCUUCGGUCUGAUUAUGUGGGAGCUCACAACAGGAGAAUUGCCGUACGCAGACAUGCGCUCGAACGCCGAGAUCAGCGAGUACGUGCUGUCGGGCUGCCGACCAAUUAUGAAGCCCGGUCAGUGCAAUAUCAAGUGGGCGGAGCUCAUGGCUCGAUGCUGGUCGCACAACCCGUCGCGAAGACCGAGUGCAGCCGAGAUCGUAUCGUCACUCGAGAGCAUCAGCAAGGCCGACGCCAUUGCUCAAUCCGCCAAAAAGGAGACGCGCGUUGUUAACAGCAACCGCGCCGACUACCGUUUUGCAGAGAAACCUCGCUCGCGCUCUAAUGGAUCGUCUAAGUUUAAGAGCAACGUGCGUGUCGUCGUCUGA